AUAGAUCCUACAUCCAGAAUUAGGCCCUGCUCAUCUAUGACUACUCUCCUUUUUCACAUCCACUUUCUUUAGCAGUGUCGGCAAAGUCCAUCGAUCACCGCAACCCUAUCUAUCCGUCUCUGUGAUCCACCACCAUGCAUCUUCUACUGCUUGCCCUAUUCUUCAGUGCUGUGAUACUGGUAUUCAAAUUCGUACACUCAAUCAUCUGGGUUCCAUGGAGGAUCCAACAAUACUUCAAGACUCAGGGCAUCGGCGGCCCAGGGUACCGACCCAUUUCAGGAAACGUGGGCGAGUUCCAGCGUAUGUACGCGGAGGCUCAGUCGAAAUCAAUGAGUGGAUUGCAGCAUGACAUACUUCACCGAGUGCUUCCGCACUACUCCAGGUGGUCAGGCGCUUACGGGAAGACGUUUAUUUGGUGGUUAGGGACAAAGCCCAGGCUGGCUCUAGCAGAUCCGGAGUCGAUUAAGGAGGUUUUCCUCAAAGCAGGUGUGUCCUAUGAUAAGGCUAGGUUUAACCCCCUGUCUAAGCUGCUGUUUGCAGGUGGACUUGUUGCGUUGAACGGUGAGAAGUGGGCUCUUCAUAGAAGAAUCACGAAUCAGGCUUUCAAUACGGAGACAGUUAAGGGGUGGGUGCCGGAAAUUGUGGCAAGUACUAGUAAGAUGUUGGAAGAGUGGGAGGAAGCAAGAAGGGGGAGGGAUGAAUUGGAAAGGGAAGUGCAUAGAGAGCUGCAAAAUCUUUCUGCAGACAUUAUAUCUAGAACGGCUUUUGGGAGCAGUUUCCAGGAGGGAAAAUGCAUUUUUGAACUACAAGAACAGCAAACCCACCUCGUCGUCCAGGCUUUGAGAAGUAUCUACAUUCCUGGCUUCAGAUAUUUGCCCACUAAAAAGAAUAGAGAAAGGUGGAGAAUAGAGAAGGAAAUUGAAGAAUCAAUACAAAGGCUGAUAGACAAUAACAACAAAACGAAAGAGAAUUCUAAAAAUCUAGUCAGUCUACUGUUGUCUGCCUACAAGAAUCAGCAUGGUGAAGAAGAGAGAUUAACCGUGCAAGAAGUUAUAGACGAAUGCAAGACCUUCUACUUUGCAGGAAAGGAAACAACUGGUAAUCUUUUGACUUGGGCACUUGUCCUUUUAGCAAUGCAUCAAGAAUGGCAAACCAAGGCACGAGAAGAAGUGGUCCAAGUCUAUGGCCACACCAUGUCUUCCUCUGCAGACAAUUUAAGCAAGCUCAAGACUGUGGGCAUGAUAAUCAAUGAAACACUUCGACUCUAUCCCCCUGUCCAAACCAUGUCAAGGGUACCGACAAAAAAUGUGAAGUUAGGAAGGUUAGGUGUUCCUGCAGGCACACAGAUCUCUUUGGCCAUGACCGCUGUUCAUCAUGACACUCAAAUAUGGGGUGAAAAUGCUAAUGAAUUCAACCCCUUCAGAUUUAAGGAGCCUCGGAAGCAAUUAGGCUCAUUUUUCCCAUUUGGGUUAGGCCCCAGGAUAUGCAUAGGUCAAAAUUUUGCGAUGGUUGAGGUGAAAAUUGUCCUAGCCAUGAUCAUCCAACAAUAUUCCUUUGUCUUAUCUCCAACAUAUGUUCAUGCCCCAACGCAAACCUUUACCCUGCAGCCCCAGUACGGUGCCCACAUCCUCUUUACAAGGAUUUGAAGUCAAAGGUUCUUUUCUUUUCUCUAUGAUGUUUGUGACAACAAUAUUGUACUAUCGUUCCUAAUGUUGUAAGCUUGUAUCCAGUUGAUGAUGGAUGACAAAGCAAAUUAAUGAUAUGUUACUACCUAUCUUUUAUAUUUUCAAAUUAUGUAAUAGUUAUGUACGCUUAUAUAUGGAUUGAAGUACGUUUUGCUCUAUUUUA